GGACGAUUACAUAAUCCCCAGAUCAAAGUAAUAGCAAGCACGAACAAACAAGCAUUUUAGUGGGAGGCGGGGGUCAACUCGUAAUAUGGUAAGGUACAUGGGUAAGUGAAACCGUAUGAAAUGUAAAGGAGUUUUGAUAUGUGUCUUGGCACUAUUGGCGGCGGGAACAAAGGCUAGGCUGAGGCCCAAUGUGCUCAGAGCCCAUGAACCGUGUACGUUAGUAAAAUACGAGGUAUGCCCAUGUAGCACGUUCUUGCUCGAUGUACUCAAUGGAAGUACCGCAGAUCUCCCUUCCAUUGGUUAUAUCUCCGUCGUCACUGAGUCGUUCGUAACCACUUCUGGGGACUUUUUUCCUGUGAGUUUUGAGUAUCGCAGCCUGGAGGCAACGGUCAGACCACAUGAAUGUAUCACUGACGAUCUUACUGCGUGGCGAAACCAACCCAAUGGCAUGUCUGCCAUUGCAACACGAUAUGUGCAACGUCAAGAACACCGUCCUGACAAUUUAAUUUGCGAUGGUGCGCACUUUUCCAUCGAUCUUGAUUGGAGGAUUUACGGCGCUGUUGGCGGAAAUGAGCUACGCCACAUUGCUUCCUUCUCCAACGCCUCAAAGUAGAACCGAACCCCGCUUUACUUAUUUCAUCAUUACGGUGUCCAAUGAUUUUUCGGCAGACCUGUUGGUUUACACCACCCUCGUGGUCCUUGGCACCUUGGAGAAGGAUGUGUACCUUCGAAAUCGACAGCAAAACAGCGCGACUUGUACAGCUCGGUAUGGGUGUAUACAUAUCCUUCCAUUUCGCCGACACGUGGUAUCCCUUCCUGUGGCAGGGAAUUGUUCAACAUCAAAUGGAAUCUACUUCUUUCUCGAUAGCCUCAAGGAAUUGAUUCUGGUGCGCGGAACAAUUGCAUACCGUUUAAGAUGCGCUGGCAUGCUCUGUGGAGGUGCCAGAACAUUGACGCCCGGUAUUCCUGAUGCUAUCAUCUUUCUUUGCGCGCGGAACUUUCCAGGACACCACGGGAGCU